AAGUAUCCCGGUCUGCGGGUGGGGGUUCGCAGCACAGCUCCUGUCGCGGUCGCGGCUUCCGCUGCUAGGUGGAGGGAAGAAAGGAGGGAGCCAGGGAGCGGGGCCGGGGGAGCAGCGGUGCAGAAAUCGGCUGUGGGAGUCUGAGUGAGAAGAACGAGAGCCGAGCGGAACCUGCGGGGGCGGAGGCGGCGGUCGUAGCGGCGGAGCUGGGAGCAGGAACAGGAUCAGGUCCUCCAUACUAGGGACCAGGCCAAAACUGGACUGCCGCUGCCCCCAUUUGGGCCCUACUGUCCUCAGAAAGCAGCUGCUGUGAUCAUGGGGAAUAUCUUUGGAAACCUUCUCAAGAGCCUGAUUGGGAAGAAGGAGAUGCGCAUCUUGAUGGUGGGUCUGGAUGCCGCAGGAAAGACCACCAUCCUGUAUAAGCUGAAACUGGGGGAGAUCGUCACCACCAUCCCCACCAUUGGGUUCAACGUGGAGACAGUAGAAUACAAGAACAUCAGUUUCACAGUUUGGGAUGUGGGUGGCCAGGACAAGAUUCGGCCUCUUUGGAGACACUACUUCCAGAACACCCAAGGGUUGAUAUUUGUGGUCGACAGCAACGAUCGGGAGCGAGUGAAUGAGGCCCGGGAGGAGCUGAUGCGGAUGCUGGCGGAGGAUGAGUUGCGGGAUGCAGUGCUCCUUGUCUUUGCCAACAAACAGGAUUUGCCUAAUGCUAUGAACGCUGCCGAGAUCACAGACAAGUUGGGCCUGCAUUCUCUGCGUCACCGCAACUGGUACAUUCAGGCCACCUGUGCCACCAGUGGGGAUGGGCUGUACGAAGGCCUGGACUGGCUGGCCAAUCAGCUCAAAAACAAGAAGUGAGCCAGGCAGCCCUAUCUGACCACCCCACCCACCCCAACACACCUGUUGUCUGCCUGCCCCAGCCCUACCCUUUCCUUCCCAUUGCCAUUGAGGCCAAGGCCCUGGGUAUCAUGUCCGCAUGCCCAACAAGAGCCUUGCCUCCCCUGCCUCCCCCACUCCCCAUGCCCAUGACCAGUCCUCAGUUGCUGUCUUGAUGAUGAAUCAUUCCAAUUUACUGGAUUUAAAACAAAAACAAGAUUGUUAUGGUUUCAUGGGGUGCCCCUCCCCCCCAUCCUCUGGGGUUUGGGAGGUGGGGUGGGGUAUUUUCUCUCUGUUUGCUUGGUUUGGCUCUGGUUGCUGUGCUCUUGGCAUCUGAGUCCUUUCCCUCUCCCCACAAGCCCCACUCGUACCGCUUGCCUUCCUUUCCUUUGCCACUCUCUCUCUGUUCUACCUGGAAAUUGCACGGGCCUCUCUGUGUGUGCGUGCAUGUGUGCGCGUGUAUAUACAUGUAUAGAGAGAUGUAUAUGUGGGGGCCAGGGAGAAGGGGGAGUGCAGCUCAGGGCUUGGAGCCAGGACACUGCCCACUGUAGCCUAUCAUCUGCCCUUCCCAUGUGGGUGAGAUAAAGGGAAGAAGGUGGAGGGAAGGCUGUCGCAAUUUUGCACUGGUUUCUCCUUUCUCUGCAGGUAGGUUUUCCUGGAUGAUAGGACAGAUGAUGGAUUUUCCACUUCCAUCUUCCUUGUACCCUUCUCUUUAGCCAGCAUAGGACAGGGGGUGACAUUUAUCUGUAGAUGACUGUUUGCAAGGAGAUGUCAUUCUGCCCUGCCUUGUUAGUGGGAAGAAGAGAGGAACCCCACUCAGUCUUAUCAGCCCAGAGUGUUUAGCUGAUCCUUCCUUCAUCCUUAGAUCUGUUCCUCAGGAGCUUGAAGAGAUGGUAGCAAGAUCAUGGGGUGUGUUUUGGGACCCCUAGGGCACUGGGGGGAGGGCCUCAGGUUUUCCAUCUUCAUCCUCUUUUGUUUUUAGGAGUUGAUGAAGCAUGGCUCCUGUUCCUGCUUUCCUCCGCACCCUGCCCUUUAUCUUCUGAUGUUGGGGGCUGGGUGGUUCAUCUGUCCUUUGUCAGAAGUUCCCUCACCCUAGUAGUCCUGCUGGCCUGAGCAGGGCUGGGUGGGUAGUUUAAUGAGGAGCAGGGGAGUGGGGGGGACAUAGCAGAAUUCAAUAUCAAUCCCCCUAUUCUCCCGUUUUCUCUUUCUCUAGUCCAGGAUGUGUUGAAAGAUGAAAAUUUCCUGUUCCGUUUCCAGACCUUCAGACUGUCCUGCUGUCCUUUCCCUCUCCAUCCCAACAACUUGCCCUUGCCUUCUUCCCCGUUCCCUCAAAUGGAUCUGGGGUUGGAGUGGAGGAAACAACUGUGAAGCAGUCGUUGGUGCUGGUGGGAUGUAGUUGUUCAGGAGCUGCUGCUACUGCGUCUCUCUCUACAGGGGGUGCUUGUCCCUGAGGUUCUGGCCUGGGUCCUGACUACUGCGGUUUUUGAGAAGCCGUGGCUUUUCUGUGGGCUCCUGUGUGUGCUGGCUGUGCCCUGAGCUCCAAGACGGCUGCCCGUAACCUUUCUGCUAAGGUCAGGGCCUAGGGUCCCCCACAGCAUGGCUGAGGGACCUCUUCACGCAGGGGUCCAGGCUCCUGCCACCUUUGUCCACAGCAGUCAGAUCAGUACCCCCCACCCCAGAUGGAACUGUGAAAGGAAGGUUCCAGGGGUGUCUCCCUCAGUGCCAGUCUCUUAGUGAUCUGUUACCCAAGAUGCAGUGGGUGUGUGCAGGCCACAGUGCUUUCUAGGAGUGUGUGUGUGUGUGUGAGAGUGAAUGUGAGUGUGUGUUUGUGGGUGUGGUGGCAGGGGCGGGGGGUGCUGGGGCUUCUAUUUUGUUUUAACUUCUGUUCACUCCCCUGACCCCGCAGAUACUUCCCUCCAUACUUUCUUUUGCCCUUGUCUGUUUCCUCAGAUUUUCUUUGCCCCUGCUCCUCUUGUGGCUUCCUCCCUGAAUGCUUUCCUUUGCCUUCUCAACUCAGUCACAGCUGCUGCCUGUUUGUCUUCCCUUUUUCCUUGUUUCUUUCCUACUUUGGUUCCCCACUUUAUGUCUUUGUGGUUGGUGAGGACUUCGCAUCUUCUGCCUCACUUGCUCUCUGAAUCUCCCUAGUUAGAUGCCAGUCCCCAAUAGGGCUUCCUCAUUUUAGGCCCACCCCGUAACUUGUGGUUUGGGGUUCCAGGGACCAGUAGUGCCCAGGGUGUUAGGAAGCAGCCCUGGAGGUUGCCUUGGUGCAGCUUGAGGCUCUGUCCAGCGGGGGGCAGUAAGUGAUUUUGGUAGUAUCCCUGGCUGUUAGGGCCUUGGCAGGGGCGGGCCUUUCCACAUUCCCAUUCACCUAAAAGCUCUUUUGGGAUUGGGUGUUUCGUUCCACUUCUGCCCACUCCAUCCCUGACUCUCCUCUAGUGGAUUUGAUUUUGUGCUUUCCUUUGUUCCAGCCUUUUUUCUCCCUGGGGAUCCCCCCCUUCCCCUCUACCUCCAAGUUUGUUAGCAGUGUUAUAGUGGUAAUUGCAGUUCUGAACCGGUUUUUCUCUUCUUUUUUCCUCCUCUGGAAUGUAGACUGUGUAUACGUUUAAUAACUCACCUUCUCUUUCCUUGCUCAAAAUGUGGGAUACGCGAUGACUGUGACCCUGGUUGGAAAUUAAACUUGUUUUAUGCA